UUUAAACUCAGCACUAAGGCAAGCUCUGCAUUGGCUAGCCUAAAAUGUAGAUCAAGCCAGGCGAACUGAGAAACUAUAAAUAAUGUGACUUAAUUCACACUCACACUAGUGUGCCUACUGGGGUAACUCAAGCAGAGCGAGAAUAACUACACACUUCACACGGCCAUGAUCACUCUUGCACUUAUUGGGACUGUAGUUCUACUAGCAGUCUUUGCCUUCUACAAAUACAUGACCGCCAAUCAUGGAGUCUUCAAGAAAAUGGGCAUUGAACAUCCGCCGACUUCAUGGUUCUUCGGGAACUUUAACCUGGCCAUAAAGUAUGGCGUCUUUGAAGCUCAGAAGAUCUUCUACAAUAAAUACAGAGAUAAAAAGGUGUAUGGCUGGUAUGAUUCUAGAAAACCAGUCAUGGUUGUCAGAGAUCUGGACAUGAUUAAGGACAUUUUUGUUAAGAACUUUGCCAGCUUUACUGACCGGUACACUCUCUUUGAUUUCAACAAGCCAUUCCGCGACAACCUGCUGAACCUGAGAGGGGAACAUUGGAAGCACGUCCGUAACAUUGUCACCCCCACGUUCAGUUCCGGUCGUAUCAAGAAGAUGACGUCACACAUUCACAAAAACACAAAAGUCUUUCUAGAAAACAUUCAACAAAUGUAUGAAACUGGUCAGGAAGUGGAGCUGCGUGACCUCAGUGCGGCCUUCACCUUGGACGUCAUCGCUAGCACCGGAUUCGGUCUGGAGAUUAAUACCCUGAAAAAUCCCCAAAAUAAAUUUGCUACAGAGGCACAGAAAGUCAUCAACCCAAAUCCUGUACUUUUUACAUUUGUUCUAUUUAUACCGGAACUAAGCAAGUUCUUUUCGACAUUGGGUUUUCCUAUCGUCCCGCAAAAGUCUUUGGACUACUUCGCCCAGGUAGUGGAUCAGAUUAUAGAAGAAAGAAAAAGAGAUGGACUCCAUGGAAAAGUCAACGACUUUCUAGAUCUCUUAAUGAAUGCAGAGAAGGACGAAGAACAAAUGGAACAGAGGGAAUUAACAAGAUCAGAGUUACAUGCUCAGGCUCUACUAUUUAUUUUUGCUGGCUUCGACACAACGGCUACAGUUUUAUCAUUUACUUUGUUCUUCCUGGCCAUGAACCCGGAAGUUCUAAAGAAGGCUCAGCAGGAAGUGGAUGCCAAAUGUGGACAGGGUCUGCCAAAUUACGAUACGGCUCAAGCAUUGACCUACCUUGAUAUGUGCAUCAAUGAAUCUAUAAGAGUCGCCAGUCCGGCCAUAUUCAUCAAUAGGAGAUGUGUCCAGGACACCAACAUUCAAGGUAUUCACAUCCCAAAAGACAUGAUCAUCCUCAUACCUAUCUGUGCUAUACACUCUGACCCGGAAAUAUACCCUGAUCCUGACAAGUUCGAUCCUGAACGGUUCAAUUCUGAAAACAAAGCCUCAAGACAUCCCUACGCUCAUUUGCCUUUCGGCCAGGGGCCAAGAAAUUGUAUCGGGAUGAGGCUGGCACUGUUGGAACUGAAGAUUGUCAUGGCAGCCAUAUUACAGAAGUUUUCCCCUGUACCUUGCAGUAAAACAGUCUAUCCAAUCAAAUUAAGUAAAGUACAGCCCAGAGCGCAGGAUGGAUUGUGGGUAAAGUUUGAACAAAGAAAGAAGUAAUUGAAAAGUACUGAGGAAUUGAUCUUUAGUAUGCCCGUUUUUAUGUUUUGGCGCAUUGACUUUAAGAAGAAAGGGAGUUAUUGAAAGUAAUUGAUAAAAAUGAUUAAUAUCAUUAAGGAUAUUGGUCUUAUAAUUACGCUUGUUACAAAACAAAAGAUUAUUAUAAUAACGUGUGAACUGUACAUUAGAAGAGCAGUUUUACUUAAUCAUUAAUUAGAUUAUUUCAGUUACAUUUUUAUUCAAUGAUUAAAUUGCCAAGGAAACAAAAGAGCUAGUGUAUCUGUUUUUUUUUGUGACUGUUUCAUGUUGAAGUGAUAGAUGUAUUGUUAUCCUAAAUGUGAUGGUCAAAUGUUGAAAUGGUGCCCCGAAAAUGUUAAUGUUUAUAUAAAAAUUAUGCUACCUUUUUUUAACAAUGAUUUUCUAUGAACAUGUGUCCAAGUGGAGUUUGUUUGUAGCUAAUUAUCUCAAUUGCAUCAUUUUGAAUUUUAUGAAGUUUAUUUGUAUUUAAAACGCAUUUACGGUUAAACAUGGCUGAAAUGAUAAAAUAAAAAAUAUAUGCUAAAUGGAUGCGUUGUAUUGGUAAACAUUGAAAUGAUUUUUUUCUAACACUAGAAGUGGACAUUAGUCUUUAUGUUUGUUGUCUAUAUUAAAUGAUCUAGCAUGUGUUUGCAGUGAAAUGUAUUAAGUCAUCUAGGACAGAACUUACGGACUAGUUUCAAAGUUUUCUACUGCUACCGAAACAAUGCAAUCUUUCUGAUUUUCUUAACUCUUUCUCUCCGUAAUUAUUUGUCCACGUUUCGAAGGAAUUCUUCAGUUUGCUCAUUACUAUCUCACUCCCCUGUUAUGAUUAAGACUCAAUAGCUUUGUUGUUUGUUAUCAGAAAACGUUGUAUUUGGUAUAGAAUUGAAGGGAAAUGCCUGCUCUUUUUAUAAAACACAAAGUCAACUUUAUAAAAUUAAACAUUAAUUCAUUUUAAUGAGGUCAAAAUAAACGAUGGUAUCGACGAUCAGGAGAGAAAGAGUUAAGAAAUUUUAGUGUCAAUUUAUUAAUUACUCAAAAAUUAUAUACUGAAUAUCGUAGCUUAAAUUUGCGUCUCUUCCCUUGAGUGCAUGCUAUUUGCAGCUACGAGAACUUACAUUGAUUCUUUUAUUUUGCAUUGUUAAAUAUGAGCAUGUUUAAUAGUCAAUGCUGAGCCCAAAACAAGAAGUUUCCAAGUGACCCUUUUUUUUAAGGCAAGGGAAUAGAACGCGUGCGCAUUACCUGAAACCUAGCUGGAUCAAGAAUGACCAACGUACAUGGUUAAAGAAAUGCAAACUAAGAAAAUACUGAUGAUUUACAGACCAACUGAGAAUCACGCUAAAGUAAUAAAUACAAUUUGUCACAUAUUUAUAACAUUUCAUUGACCAUGUCAAACUCUGCACUCUAUCCAGAAGAAUUGAAGAAAUUAAUUGUAAAUAAAAUAAAUGAAAAAUAGACGAACUCUCAUCCAAAUCACAAGAAAGAUGACGCUUACUAUAAGCUAUCCCGACAAGACCAACGUCUAAUCUUUCGACUCAGGACCGGACACAACAGAAUGCGACAACACAUGUACCGGAAGCUCAAAAUUGGAACCAGUGAAAUCUGCCCAUGUGGAGUAUCACCAGAGAAUGCCAACCAUGUCCUCCAAAACUGCUCUCUUUACCAAAAGGCCCGUAUAAGACAUUGGCCCCAAAUCACCCCAAUAGAAAGAAAACUAUAUGGAGAGCUCCCUGAUUUGGAAACCACUGUGCAGUUCAUCUCAUGUAUUAGUCUAGUCAUCUGAACACUCCAACACAACAAUGAGAAUGAAGAAGAAGAAGAAAAUUGACCAUGUCGAAUUGAUUUCUAUUUUGGCCAAGCACAUUAGAAUUGUAGACUCUAUAUAAAGUUAGUUUUAAUACUUAUGCAAUGUUUACUUUAUACAUCAUAUACAAUGUAUAAUAUAAACUUAUAUUAAAUGUAUAUAUAAAACGAUUUGUGACAAUGACAUU